CUCCCAUCCGCUGCGAGCCCUCGCCCUCCAGGAUCUCAGGCUGCUGGCGAGGGAUGUAGGUGGAUGCCAACUACCUCUCACCCACCCUGGGUCUCCCCUCAGCGUGGUGACAGUGGGAUUAACCCCUCCUGGAGUUGGUUUUUUUCCCCCCCUCGCUUCCGACGUUGCCUCCCCGCCGGAGGCCUCUCGGCCGAUGCGGAUACAAAGCCGGAGGAGCCGCGGCCUUCCCAGGAAAGCCUCGGGGAAGGGCCCAGGGGGAGCAUCAGCACCCCCCAUGCUAUGGCUUCAUCUGAGCUGCCCCCUCACCCUGCAGUAGGUGACCACCUGCCCCCUGAGCCCCCCAGCCCUCUGCCUCAGGGGGUGGAGGAUCUUGGUGAAGCCUUUGACUUUGAGGACAGCGAGGAAGAGGAGGAGGAGGAGGAAGAAGACUUGACGGCUGACGCUGUCCUUCGAGCCCCUCCCCGAAGGCAUCGAGCUGCCAGCUCCAGCCUCGACGGGCUGGUGCCAGAGACCCAGGAAGGGUUGCCACUGGGAGUGAGCAAUGGGGAGGCUGGUGGAGACCCCCCCAUCAGUACUCGGACUUGGAAGAGGGAAAGCAUCUGCCAUGGUGAUCGUUUUGAGUUCCCAGCAGUGGAGGAUGAUGUGAUCUACGAUGAUGUCCCCUGUGAAACCCUCGAUGCUGAGCAGGAUGGCCCAGGGACGGGGCACAGCCUGAUCUACGAGGAGGUGCAGCGCGAGGGGCCGCGGGCGGGCGAGGAUUUGGGCUGGAGCUCCAGCGAGUUCGAGAGCUACAGCGAGGAUUCAGGAGAGGAAACCAAGGUUGAGGCCGAGCCAGCCAAGCAGCGAGCCUCCUUCCAGCCCAAGAUGACUCAACUGAUGAAAGCAGCCAAAAGUGGCACCAAGGAUGGUUUGGAGAAGACCAAGAUCGCGGUGAUGAGGAAGGUGACGUUCCUGCACCGGAAAGAAGCGCCAGGGGAUGGGGAACGCAGGAGGAGGGCGGUGGAGGCGGAAAAGCAGCCGCCUGCCCGCCGGAGCUCGAGGGUCUCCCUGGAGCAUCACAGGGGAGGGGAGUCUGAGGAGGAGGACACGGGGUUCCUGGAGGUCACUGUCUCCGACAUGAAGCACCCGCCGCCGGAGCUGGGUCCCAUGCCUGAGGGGCUGAGCCCACAGCAGGUGGUGAGGCGGCACAUCCUGGGCUCCAUCGUGCAGAGCGAGAGGAGCUACGUGGACUCCCUGAAACGCAUCCUGCAGGAUUACAGGAACCCCUUGGUGGAGAUGGAGCCGAAGGUGCUGAGCAGUAGGAAGUGCCAGGUGGUGUUCUUUCGGCUGAAGGAGAUCCUGCAGUGCCACUCCAUGUUCCAGAUCGCGCUCGCGUCCCGCGUGGCUGAGUGGGACUCAGCUGAGAAAAUCGGGGACCUCUUCGUGGCCUCGUUCUCCAAGUCAAUGGUGCUGGAUGUCUACAGUGACUACGUCAACAACUUCACCACUGCCAUGUCCCUCAUCAAGAAGGCCUGUCUCACCAAACCUGCCUUCCUCGACUUCCUCAAGAAGAGGCAGAUGGCCAGUGCUGACCGGGUCACACUCUACGGGCUGAUGGUGAAGCCCAUCCAGAGGUUCCCUCAGUUCAUCCUGCUCCUGCAGGACAUGCUGAAAAACACCCCCAAGGGCCAUGCAGACCGCCUGUCCCUCCAGUUGGCCCUCACUGAGCUGGAGACCUUGGCAGAGAAGCUCAACGAGCAGAAGCGUUUGGCCGACCAAGUGGCUGAAAUCCAACAGCUCAGCAAGAGCAUCAGCGACCGCAGCAGCCUCAACAAGCUGCUGAGCUCGGGGCAGAGGCAGCUCCUGCUCUGCGAGACGCUGACAGAGACGGUGUACGGGGACCGGGGGCAGCUCAUCAAGUCGAAGGAGAGGAAGGUUUUCCUGCUCAAUGACAUGCUGGUCUGUGCCAACAUCAACUUCAAAGGCCAGCUGGAAAUUAGCAGCCUGGUGCCCCUAGGUCCCAAAUACGUGGUGAAGUGGAGCACAGCCCUCCCACAGGUGCAGGUGGUGGAGGUGGGACAGGAGAGUGGUGCCUACGACAAAGACAACGUCAUCAUCCACAACGCUGGUGCCAAGAAGCACCCGCCGGCCGGGCAAGCUUCCCACAAUAAAGUCUACUUGGGGCCACCACGGCUCUUCCAGGAGCUGCAGGACCUGCAGAAGGAUUUGGCAGUGGUGGAGCAGAUCACCCUUCUCAUCAGCACUUUGCAUGGCACUUAUCAGAACCUCAACAUGACAGUGGCCCAGGACUGGUGCUUGGCCCUGCAGAGGAUGAUGAAGGUGAAGGAGGAGGAGAUCCACUCUGCCAACAAGUGCCGCCUCCGUCUCCUGCUGCCUGGGAAGCCAGACAAAUCUGGCCGCCCCAUCAGCGUCAUGGUGGUCUUCAUCACUCCAAACCCCCUGAGCAAGAUCUCCUGGGUGAACCGUCUGCACCUGGCCAAGAUAGGGCUGCGGGAGGAGAACCAGCCGGGCUGGCUCUGUCCUGAUGAAGACAAGAAGAGCAAAGCUCCUUUCUGGUGCCCUAUCCUCUCCUGCCACAUGCCUGCCUUCUCCAAAGCCCUUGAUCUGCAGCUCGGCGCCGCUGUGCACAACCCCGUGCAGUCCUCCCUGCUGGGCUUCUCCGCCGUCAGCACCUCGCUGCCACAGGGCUACCUCUGGGUCGGAGGGGGCCAGGAAGGUGCAGGGGGGCAGGUGGAGAUCUUCUCCCUCAACCGUGCCGUGCCACGGACGGUGAAGUCCUUCCCGGUGGCCUCACCGGUGCUGUGCAUGGAAUAUAUCCCUGAGAUGGGUGAGGAGGAAUCAACAGGCACCCAGGAGCCCAGACCCACCACUGAACAGCCUCUGGCAUCCCCUCAUCCCACCGUCUGCUUGGGUUUACGGGAUGGCAGCAUCGCAGUCUAUGGCAGUGUGGACACAGGGACACAGUGCUUGUUGAUCUGCAAAAGCCCAGGCAUGCAGCCAGUCCUCUGCUUGAAGCACAGCCCUGAGUACCUCUUUGCUGGGUUGCAGGAUGGAACCGUGGCUGCCUACCCCAGGAGCAAUGGGGGGCUGUGGGACCCAGCAGAGCAGCCCACUCACCUCACCGUGGGCACCAGCCCCGUGCGAGCCCUCCUGACGCUGGAGGAGACCCUCUGGGCCAGUUGGGCCAACCAAGUCACUGUCCUGGAUGCCACCAGCCUCCAUACCCAGCAAACCUUUGAGGCCCACCCAGACACAGAGGCCAACGUCACACACAUGAUCAAGGCGGGCAGUGGGGUCUGGAUGGCCUUUUCCUCGGGCUCCUCCAUCCGCCUCUUCCACACUGAGACACUGGAACACCUGCAGGAGAUCAACAUUGCCACCAGGACCACCUUUGUCCUCCCAGGUCACAAACACGUUCGGGUCACCAGUCUCCUCAUCUGCCAGGGCUCACUCUGGGUGGGCACCGACCAGGGCAUCAUUGUGCUGCUGCCUGUCCCUCGUUUGGAAGGAAUCCCCAAAAUCACUGGUAAAGGCAUGGUGUCCCUCAACGGGCACAGCGGCCCUGUGGAGUUCUUGGCUGUGGCAACGAGCACCUUGGCACCUGACGUACUGAAAGGCGACCAGGAGGAGGAAGAGGAGGCUGAAGAAGAGAAACCCCCUGAACUAGAUGGUCCCCCACCUCGGGAAAUGAGAAAGAAAGGCAUUUUAUUACAGUAUCGCCUCCGUUCCACCUCCCACCUCCCGGGGCAGCUCCUCUCGGUCCGGGAGGCGCCGAGCGGCGCGGCGCCGGCACACACCGAGGAGGAUGGUUCCAUCUAUGAGAUGGCUGAUGACCCUGAUGUCUGGGUCAGGAGUCGACCCUGUAGCCGUGACACCUCUCGGAAAGAAAUCUCCUCAGUUGCCAUCAUCUCAGGAGGUCGAGGCUACCGGCACUUCAGCAGCGAGUCACCACGUCGCAGUGGCGACGCCGACAGCACUCUGCUCAUCUGGCAGGUCCCCUUGAUGCUAUAGCACCUUGGGAUCUUAACUUGGCACCUACCUCAAAACAUAAGAAGCCACCCAAAAGCUGCCAGAAAGGGGGAUUUUGUCUUGGGUGCAUCGCUUUGGGUGAGGGAAAGACUGAGACCUGAGCUUUGUGCGUGGGGAGAGGGGAGUUUUGAAUGGCUGGAACGGCCACCUCCCUGCAGGCUUUGGAGGUGCUGACUCUCUGGUCAAAGGUGUCUGUGUGUCUGUGUGUGAAUAGCUAUAUAUAUAUAUAUAAAUAUAAAUAUGAUGUACAUUAUUACCUGUAUAAAGAAGGAAUCUGUAUAUAUUGGGGCACUUGGAGAUGCAGAAAUAGCAGCAGGAGCACUCGGAGGGUGCUGGCUGUGCCAAAAUAGAAGGGGGGGGGGGUGGUUACUGAAAUAGCCUUGUUUCUUUGGACUGUGAAAUGGAAGAUAUUUGGUACAAAAGAAUCCCCUGGUUUUUUGGGAGCUGAGCAUGCAUGGUUUCCUGAGGGAAAGGAUGUUUUGGGGAGCGUGGAAAUAAAUCCUGUAGGAAUCGA